CACCACCCUCCCCUCAUUCUGCCAGAAAAAGGCGAAUAAAACCAAAAGCCGACCUAGGCUGCAACUUCGCGAUCAUCAGAGGCUGUUUUGCUGUACUCCAUCCAAUCCAAGCACCUUAAAUACCGCUGCUUGGAGCACAAUCCUUAACCCAGAAAUAGCACCAAGCACAUUGAAACUCUCGCGGACAUGGCGGCCGGGAAGCGCACCAUCGGCCUGGCGAUGGACUACUCGCCGUCCAGCAAGGCGGCGACGAGGUGGGUGGUCGAGAACCUGGUGAAGGCCGGCGACCGGAUCAUCCUCAUCCACGUCCUCCCCAAGGGAGCAGACGCCAGCCACAAGGGGCUCUGGAAGAGCACCGGUUCACCUCUGAUCCCUCUGCUGGAGUUCAUGGAGAUGAACGUGCAGGCGCGGUACGGGGUCAACCCUGACAAGGAGGUGCUGGAGAUCCUGCAAGCUGAGUCCAAAUCCAAGCAGGUAGAAAUACUGGCAAAAAUAUACUGGGGCGACGCAAGGGAGAAACUUUGCGAGGCUGUAGAUGAUCUCAAGGUGGACUCUGUUGUGCUUGGUUGCAGGGGCUUAGGGCCCUUGAAAAGAGCACUCCUUGGAAGCGUCAGCAACUAUGUUGUCAACAAUGCAACCUGCCCCGUCACAGUGGUGCGUGGACCAAAUGGAUCACUUGCUUGAAGAUGUCACUUCUGGAAUGAUGGGCUAAUUUGUGUGUUCGUUGGUCUGUCAGCGUAGGUGCAAAUGGUGCUAUUUAAGACUGAUAGUGAUAUUUUGCCUUUUUGGAUUCCUAGCUAUCCUUGUGGUGCAAAUACAGUGUGUUUUCCUCUGUUAUCUCCUAGUUAUACUACAAUCUGUUGUUUCUUACAUACUAUUUGUAAAAAAAAUGCCUACAGGCUUGUUCAGUGGUGCAUUUUCGAUUAUGUGCAUGACUAGACAGACC